GUGUUUAUGGUAAAUGUCUGUCUUUAGCCCGAGUAGAUAAAUAUUUUCUGUCUGAAAUUACGAGAUAAGGAAGUAAUAGUGAGUCUGUUAUUUUAUUUACUUACAAAAUGUUUUAAUAAAUUCUUGGUUUUAUUUUAAAUGUAUUAAUUAGUGACAAUUAAAAAACAUUGCAACUCUUGGCAUAAAUUUUUGGUCACUAUUGAGCAUGAGCUGAUUUCUGGUUGUUUAUUAGGUUUAGUUAAAUUGUGACUGUACUUGUAUUUACGAGCAUUAAAAACAAUUUGACACUUUUGAUAAUUUUUGAGGUUGUUAAUAUUCUCUGAUUAAGUUUAAUGGGAAUAUUCCAAUUCAAGAGGUUAACUUAUGUUUUAAACGUUUAUGUGGAAGUGGUAAUUGUUAAAUAUGACCAGGCAAUUGGAGCUCCAGCUUACAAUAUCUUCCUAGGAAUGCACUUAUCAAGAUUAUUUUGAUUUGUCUUUCACCAAAAAUAUUUCAUAAUGAUAUAUAAGGUUGAGGUGGUGAUAUUGCUAUGGUGGCUGUGUUGUGUCGCUGCGGAUAUUACUGUGUUCUCCAGGAAAACUCACCAUGAGUUGGAUGUGGAAUUUCGAGAUGUACCGGCUAAAUUCGGCAUGUCCAUUCCACCAGAAGGUCUCAGGGCUUUCCUUGUGUAUGCUGUGCCUGGAGACGGUUGUAGUCAAAUGGUAUCUGUUAAUAAUUCUGUGCCGAACUUUACUGGUCGCUGGGCCGUUCUUAUCAAGCGGUAUAACUGUACAUUUGAAGAGAAAGUUCGAAACGCUCAAGCAGCUCAUUACGACAUAGUAAUCGUCCACAAUGUCAAUUCCAGUGAGUUAGAGCCCAUGUCUGCCAAUAAUCCUCAGGGAAUACAUGUAGCUGCUGUCUUUGUGAGCGAGAACACUGGUCUAAUUCUCAAGGAUAGAUAUCUUUAUAACGAUGGUUAUUACAUCAUCGUUGAUAAUGACUCUCCCUUUGACAUCAACACUCAUCUGCUUUUCCCAUUUGCCAUUGUUGUGGGGAUCUGUUUCUGUACCAUGCUGGGCUUCAUGGUUAGUAUGAUUGUGAAGUGCAUCAAAGACCACAGAAGAGCUCGAAGGCAUCGACUACCGUCAUCAUCACUUCGAAAGAUACCUAUAGCCAAAUUCCGAAAGGGUGACCCAUAUGAGACAUGUGCAAUAUGUCUAGACGACUUUGUGGAAGAAGAAAAACUGAGAAUACUGCCCUGUUCACAUGCGUAUCACUGCAAGUGUGUGGAUCCAUGGUUGACACGCAACCGCCGGGUCUGUCCAGUAUGCAAACGCAAGGUAUUUGCUGCUGACGAGGUGCGACCCAGCUUGUCUGAUAGUGACUCUGACAGUGAGGUAGAUGACCGAACACCUCUCGUCAGGGCUUCUGGACAUGCUACUGAAGGAGGAACCUUCGCCUCUUCUUUCUUGAGCGCUGCACUGAGGCGCCCCGGUGGGAUCAGGAGACAUUCAGCCUCAGAUGUUGAAGGGGCUUCUGCUGGUCCUUCUAACUCAGCUCCGUCCAUACAGCAAGCAGAAGAUGAACAGUUGAUCACAGAUAAUCCUGCAGUUACGACAACAACUGAGUCUUCAAAUCCAUUUGUGUACAUUGAAGCUCCAAACCCAUUUGAAAAUGUCUAGCCCAACAGGUUGUAUACAUCAGAGUGAACUCAACCAGAACAGUGAUAAUAUUUAAUAUUGUAAUAUAGUGCUUUUUAUCUUGAGUGAGUGUAAAUUGUAAAGUGAUUAGAAAUGUAAGGACUUUUUAUUUUAUGUCAUAAUUGGAAUUUGAACAGUUUCACAAUUUAACUAUAUUUUUCAAACGCGUUAAACGUUUUGUUGAAAUUAACUCAGAAAAAUUGGGAUGUUUCAUUAUUAUAUAUACAUCUGCAGGUUGUUUUAUAAUGAUACUAAAAGGCCAGAAGCGAUUGUCCUUGAUAUUGUUCACAAUGAAUGAAGCAAAGAAAAGAGACUAUCCACUUUAAUUUAAAUUCAGUAACACAGACAAAAGGUACAGUUCUUACAAAGAAAAAAAGAAAAAAGAAAUACAAUUACCCACUGACAGAUUAACCAUUACUUUAUGUGGUUAAAAUAAUUAUAUAAAUGUUUUGUUUGAAUUGUACAAGUAAACAUUUCAUUCCAACUUAAAUUAAUUAUAGGAAAAUAAAGUCGUUUAAAAGGAAUUAAAGAAUAGAUUAGACUCAUUCCCUUGCUUAUUUAAAUCUAUCAAUAAAUUGCAAAUAUGCAAUGAUUUAAAUAGAUACUACAAAACUACUUUCGCUACAGCUUCUUGGGUAAUUUGCCACUUGAAAGUAUUGUAAAAAUGUUUUUGUAGUUGGUACUUGAUAAGUUAUGCAACUAAAUGGAAUUUUUAUAACCUUAUUCUUAGUCAUAAUACUGUUUUCUUUUUUUUAAUUCAUCCAAUUUUGAACUACAUUGCUAAUCUUGAUUUUAGAUGCUAGUGUUGUCUGAGACAUAGUUAAAGCCUAGAGAAUUGAUACUUUAUCAGAGAUGACAGCAUGAAUGAAAUAAAUUUUGCUAAUAAACUCUCCAUAGAAUUAUCUGGUGAACAAAGAAUUGACAGAAACGAAUCAUUAGAAUGAAGUGAAGUGAACUAUAAGUGUUUUCUCUGUAUACAAAGUAUUUAUUGUAGACGUUUGAUCUUUUAUAUUUAAUUCUUUAGACAUUAUUAAGUAGUGUGGAUAUGUGAAGAGCCAGUCCAGUUUGGAGCUAUUUAGACAAAAUAUACAUUUCCAAUUUAUUAUUAAAAAUUAUUAUUAUUUCAAAUUUAGUUACAAAAAUACACCCACUGUCAUAUUAUACCAUGCAGUUAUAAGAAACUAAACAAAUGUAAGUACCUACUAAAGUAGCUGUGUGAAAUUUGUAAAACAAAACUGUUAUUGUGACUCCAAUUAUACCAAUAAAAAAUUACUAAACAUAUGAUUGUUGUACAGUAUUAUUUCGAACUCUACAAAAUAUUUUGUGUAGUUGUUCAGAAAAAUGGAUGUUGGCUCUUCUUACACAUUUUAUAGAUGCCCAUAAAAGAGGACAGUGGCAUGAACAGUGUAGUAGCAAUUAUUUCUAAUUCUUUUGUAUUUGUUUAUAUUCCAAAUGAAAAUUAAAGUGGCUAGUCUUAUUGCCAUACUGCCAAAUUGAAAUAUGGAAGUUUAUGAAAGAAUAAAUUAAAAUGUUAAAUUAGAGAUUUAAAAUACUAUUGUAGUGUAUUUUAGAACUGUAGCAGUGUAAAUAUGCAUUAUUAUAGUUAAACUUUGUUUAGAUGUUUGUUGUUGACUCGGAUUAUUUUAUCUUGAUAUACGUUUUGUUAUUGUUUUGAUGUUAUUACCAUUACAGUAAAUAUUUUUUAUUCUUAGAUUAUUAAAUAAGUUCUAGUGUGAAUAAAUUUACUAUAGCACUUAAUCCAAUCUAAAUCAGAAAUACUUCAACCAACUUAUAGUUUUUAUGCUAAUGAAAUGCAUUAAAUCUGUACUAAAUCAUUGUACAUCCAUAUGUACUGGGUGUUUUAAUAUUAAGUGAACAAUUAACUAAAUGGUAAUAAUACUCUAUUAAAUACAAAUAUCGGAUAUUUUACUAUGCACAACUGCAAAUUGUUAUCAGACAUGUGUUUGCAAAUAAAGUGGGUUCAAUUACUUACCUAGUAAAUGCAUAAUAGUGUUAUAAAAUAAAGUUGUUUAUACCAUUAUUUAAAUGUUAAUUUAACAUCUUAAAACACCCUGUACAAAAAGUAAAUACUACUUGGACAAAAUGUUUGCACUUCUAUUGUUAAUGACAAGAUGAGAAUCCACUGGGUAAACCCUCCCCACUUUUUCAGGCCACAGAUCCACAGCGUUCUGGUCUCUUGUGUGGUAUAAGACAUUAACUGCUAUGAAGUAUAUUUCUAUUGUAGAGAAUGAGCCCUGUGGACUACCUGCUGGUUGUGAUUUCUCCCUUAGUAAAUAAUUACAUGAUUAUAUAAUAAUAUAAUUGAUAACGUUUGCAUAAUUUCAAAACACCAAUCAUUAUAUUAGUCCAAUUUACAAUGCCAAUUAUUUCCUACAGCUGCAAUAAAGUUUAUCCAAGGAUUAUACUCUGUUCUUGUUAACCGGUUUCAAACUGUAAUGGCCAAGUUUAAUAAAGAUUUGUUUAGGUUUGAGUGUAUCUUACAUACUAAUAAUUGACAUGUUAUAAAAUCAUAGCUUGUUAACUAUUUUUUUAUAUUAUGUAAAUUUGUAGGCAUCUAUAGAAUAACUAGUUCGCCAAGUCACUUUAGUCUAUGGACCAUUUUUGGUGUUCAUAUUGAUGUAUCCUAUCUGUUAUUAACUAAUGUUUCAAGUUUUAUCGUUAUAUCUGCUGGAUGUCAAUGCAACAUGGCUGUAUGAAUGGUGAUGUGAUAGUAAAUAUUUUUACUGAAGUUAAUA